UAACGACGCCGUAUCUGUUUUCGCCCUGCCAUCCGUCUCUGUUUGUAUUUUCUUCCCACUCCCCCUCUCUCUCAGAGCAUCCACAAAUGGAGCUUUCCAUUUCUUCUCGCCUACUCAACACCUCCUCCGCCGCCGCCGCAACUGCGCUACUAAAGUCCAAGCCCAGAGUUCAUAAUAGACAUACCUCAAUCCCUCUUCUCCCUCUCAAACACCCAUUCUCCCCUCUCACUUUGAAACAAAUGAGUAACAAUUCCCAGUCAACGCUUUCUUGUUCCUCUCUUCCCCAAAACAACACCCCUCCUGCCCCAUCUUCCCCUUCAACCGCAUCAGGUCGGAUUGGAGAAGUGAAAAGGGUAACGAAAGAGACGAAUGUGUGGGUUAAGAUAAACUUGGAUGGCACCGGAGUUGCUAAUUCUAGUACAAGUAUUCCCUUUCUCGAUCAUAUGUUGGAUCAAUUAGCCUCUCAUGGUCUGUUCGAUGUGCACGUCAAGGCUACUGGCGAUAUUCAUAUUGAUGAUCAUCACACCAAUGAAGAUGUUGCCCUUGCUCUUGGGACGGCAUUGCUUCAGUCACUUGGUGAUCGUAAAGGGAUUAACCGGUUUGGUGAUUUUUCAGCUCCUCUCGAUGAAGCAUUGAUACAUGUUUCACUGGAUUUAUCUGGCCGACCGCAUUUAAGUUAUGAUUUAAACAUUCCCACUGCAAGAGUUGGAACAUAUGACACUCAGUUAGUGGAGCAUUUUUUCCAGUCAUUGGUCAAUACUUCUGGCAUGACACUACACAUAAGGCAGCUUGCUGGAAAAAAUUCGCAUCAUAUAAUCGAGGCAACCUUUAAGGCUUUCGCUAGGGCUCUUAGGCAGGCAACAGAGUAUGAUCCACGUCGCCUUGGGACUAUACCGAGCUCAAAAGGAGUUCUAUCAAGAUCUUGAUGUUUUCCUUGGAUGUUUAUUUUAGUUUGAAGCUUUGGGUAUUUGAGAAAUUAAGAUGUGAGGCUCAAACGUGUUGCUUUGGUUUUUUGGUUUCCCUCUUAAUAUUCCAUGAACAUGAAUUUGUAUUAGAAAUUACAAUGUAUUGUAAUUGGAAUUCCCCCUAUUUUGUAUGUCGUGAAUCAUGAUGAUGAACUAUGCUUUACUUCA